AUGGAGGCAACCAUUAUAUCAAAAAGAAGAAUUUUUGUUUGUGUAUAUAUAGAAAUAUACUGAUUGACAAUGUGUCCACUUAACUCUACCAUUGGUCUUACGUAUGUAAUCCCAACCUGCAUUAAAUGCUACACUUAAAUGAAUGAAUGUUUUAGAACAUUAGAAGCAACUCAAACUGUUGGAGUCAUAGGGAAUGGUCUAUUAGGUCGUAAUCGGCUCUAAUGGGCUUCUAAGUGAGUGCAUGGAUCCAAAUCCAUGGUGAGUUAGCAGUGGGCCCAUGAGGGAGUGCCCCCAUGGCAGGGGUGACGUGACUUAGUCGUUGUAUAUUAAAUCACGCAAAUAUAAAAUUUAUAAAACUAGAAAAUACGAAUUUUUAGAUAUUUAGAAGUAUUUCUAAACAAAUAUAUCAAUUAUAAUUCAAUAAAACUUCCAAAAAUAGCGGUAAUUUUUUAGGUCGAUCACAGGGAUGUAAUAUAAUAUAUGGUAAUUAUUCAGAAUUUUUCUCAAUGAAUACGAUUUUCUAUUAAUUGUAUACUAGGAAAUGAAAAGGAAAUAUAUUUAAAAUUCACGAAAAAAGGAAAUAAGGGUGCGGAAGUCAAGAUGACAUUAGCGCCUGGCAAACGUGAAUCGAGCAGAAACAGAGUUCUGCCUGGCGAUUCUUAUGUAAGCGAUUACAGACGAUUUAAUUAAUCAAAUUAAGAUCUGUAAAAGUCGGAAGAAUCGUAAUAGAACAAAGUAUAUUUUGGUAAAUUAAAAUCACAAAAAAUAUCACUAAAUGAAGCGUAAAGUAAGUUGAAAGCAGGAAAACAAAGUUCCAGCGUCGCGAUGGCGAUGCGUCGGCGAUGCACCAGAAUCCUGAGCGUUCAGGAGGAUUUUCGUGUAGUGUCCACGGCCUUGAAGGCUCUCCUUGGACAAAGACGACGUGGGCAAUCCCUAGAUCUUCUCGCAAAGUCUAGAGAUUAAUGAAAUGGGUCGUCGAGUCAUCUCUGGCGGCUGUCACCCGGCGGAGCGGAAAAACGGCGACUUUGCGGCUCUCCGGCGGCUAUCACCCGACAGAGAGGAGCUGGAUGGAGGUGGGGCACAUGUCAGGGAGCUUCAUCCUCAGGUCCGUGCAGCAAGAGGAGGCUCUUCAUCGCAUCUGGUACGCUCUCAGGAGGUGGCGACUCGUCUCCCGGCGGAUCGUCCUUUUCUCGACGACAGCUUGUUCGUCGAUCAAUCGGAGAUGA